UACUGACAGAAACGCUGCGCAUCAGUGACAUGACCCUCAAACAACAUGAUCUCUCCUCUCUCUCUCGACUUCAGUAGAGCGGAGUGAGACGACGAUUUGUAUUUGGGUUUCCGUGUCUCGUGUGUACCGCCAAGAAUGACGCGUUUGGCCUGAAUCUCGCAGACAUGUCGUUGUCCGGCCCUCAUAAAGCCGGCAGAGCGCAUCUGAAGGACGACAAAUGUAAGCAGCAGAAAUGCAUUUCCUUUCUGUUCUAUCAAGCGGUGCGGGACCUGAAGCCGGUGUGGAUGCUGGAGGACAUGCGGACCAUGGAGACAUUUUACUGGGAGGAGGACGCGAAACAGAGAACCUACACGCCGUCCGAAGCGCUGCUCUACGCGAUCGUGCACGACCACCAGGCGUACGCGCAAUAUCUGCUCGGCCAUUAUUCGGACGAGGCGCUGGCCAUGCCGGGCGAGCGGUUCUGCUGCUGUCCGUCCUCCGCGCCGCAUUUGGCCAUGGCUGUCCGUUACGAUAGACGGGACAUCCUGGGUCACAUUUUACAGGUGGCACAUCGGACGCCGAGUCUGCGCUCGUACAUGAACCGCGGCGGCUGUUUCCAUCUGGAGGACGGUAAGACCCCGCUCCACCUGGCCUGCGAGCUGCUGCGCGCUGACGCCGUCAUUCUGUUGCUAGGCAACGGCGCGUCCCCGCAGGCGGUGGACCACAACGGCAUGACGCCGCUGGACCUCAUUCUGCAGCAGCUGGUGGACUCCAAAGUGAACACAGGGGCCAAAAAGUCGUGCUUGGACAAGCUGUUGAUGUUCAUGCCAGAGAUGCGUUUCAAAAUGAAGAGUUCCCUGGAGAAAGAGCACGUGUGCUGGUCCAGAGUUCUCGGGGAGGACAAGCUCAACUACCUCGUCGGGAAGAAUCCGGCUCCGCUUUUCCUCAUCGCGAUGCAACGAAUCCUGGCGCAGCUGCCACCUGAGCAAUUCCCCAAGAGCCUGGACGAGCUUCCCAUUCCCACCUCUCUGAAACCCCUGCCCAAGCCCAUUUUAAAGUGGCCUGAAACCAUCUGAAGUAUUUAUACAGCUGUUGGAGCAUGAAUUAUGUCUGUGGCAUGAAAAGUAUAUGAUAACUGAGCAAAAUGAGAGCAAUGUUGUCUUAAUUUUAGCCAUUUUUACUAAUAUAUUGCUAAUAGAUUACAUUUAUGACUGAUUAAAAGGAAUAGUUUACCCAAAAAUUCAUUUACUCACCCUUACAUCACUCUAAAUAUGUAUUUAUAUUAAAAUAAUACCGUGUAGAUAUUAUGGCAAUAGUUUAAGGGCCAAAAUUUGUCAACUAAUUUAAAUAAUUUGGAGACAGCAAGAUGAUUUUUUUGAGUUACAAAUCAAGAUAAUACCAGGGGUGUAAAGUAUCGAAUUACAAAUACUAAAGUUACUGUAAUUAACAACUUUUCCCCUGGAAUUGUACUUUUUCAAAAAUUUUAUACUUUUACUUGAGUACAUUUUAAAUUCUCUACUGAAGUAACUAUACUUUUACUGUUUUUUAUUAUUUUUAUUUGAAGUAAAAUAAUACUGUAAUUUAAUUUUUAUCAAUGAACAUGAUAGAGUGCCGAAGUUAUGACGUCACUUUGUAGGACAAUUCUGAAGUUAGCGGCGCAUGGGUUCACUCGAUCGAAAAGCUAUGCAUUUUCCCCAUAGACUUUUGGAAAAUCGCAAAAAAUAAGAUCUGUGUUCAACAAAGAGUUGUGACCCUUACACGUUUUGUCUAUCAAGAUAAUAUUUACAAGUUAAUCCAAAAUUUAUACAUUUUGAAGCCUAAAUAAAGCCGUCAGAUAUAAAAUGCUAACGGUAGGCUAUAAACGGACUACAGCACACCAUGGUCGCGGAUCAACGUCAUCAUCAAGCUUCCUCAAACUUUAUUUAAAAAACACGCUCGCUCAUUAUGAUCUGCGCUGUGUAUGAACACUUAUCCACUUUUUCAUGAGAAAUAUUGCCCAUUCAUUUUUUCCAAAAAUGUUAGAAACUAAUUUUGUUUAUGCGUGCCUCUCUGAGAUUUUUUUAAAAUCUUUUGUUAAUGUUUUAUUUAUUCGUUUAUUAUUUUGUUAGUUUAUAUAAACCUUAAUAUUAUUUUCUUUGUGAUUAAGAUUAUUAUGCCUGAUCAUUGUGCCCCAAAUAAACUUUAAAGAUUAUUUUUCACUGUAUUAUGUUUGAUUGUAUGUUUGCAUACCAUUUGCUAAUUCGCCAGAAAAAAACCCGCGAUUUUACCAUCUCAUAAGCACUAACGUUAGCUAUGGCCGUAUCAAUUUCCAAUCUUAUGUCCUUUUUCUUAGACGAUAGAAAAACCAUAGAUCGAGGAGAGAACCACUAUAAAUCUGGACAUGUAGAACAGUGCAGAUUAGGUGCUGGUUUACUUGCCGGUAUUGUAAGGGCCAGCAUGAGGGACAAGGUUUAUCGAGUCUCGGUAAGUAAAACUAGGGAGAGAUAGAGGAUAACGUUAUGUAUAUUAACUGAAAGGUAAACUUCUAAGAACGCGAGGCUGAAACGCGGGCUAGUGAGAGAUUUCCUGUUUGUCAUGAUGACGUCUAAAGUCCCCGCCAAAGGAUGUAGUCCCUUUUAGCAACUUGUUAGCAAUCACCGUUUUUAAGACACAGUAAAGUUUAAAAAACCAUAAGCAGGUUAUAACUGGUGUGUUUUAUUUCAUAGAUCAAAACGUGAAAAUAUUUAGAGGCUUUGUUAACCACAGACCUUAUUUCAGGCGAUUUAGCAAAAACCCAUUCAAAAAACCCAUAGACUUUAGGGCGAGGGAACCGGAAGUGCUAAAAUGCUAACUCACUUCCGUGUUUUGGCCUACAAAGUGACGUCAUAACUUCGGCAUUCUAUUGUCUAGGGAGAGUCUUGUGACUCCCGUCAAAUCAAAUCACACGUAAGAAACUUGAACGGCAGCUGCAGCUCUGUCACCAACUGUGGAGGAUGCCUCGAGCACAGUUCAACACCUGAACAUCACAGCUGCACCUGAAAUGGAUUUUUGCAAUGAAAAAGGCCAAUUGCAUGAUUGUGUCAUGUGAGUUUAACUUGCUCAAGCCAGAUAUCAGUAUUAAUCCUGCCUCUAAUUUGAAGAAACAUAUUGAGGAAAAUUUCAUAUUUCUGCUUACUUGAUUCUAUGUGUCCAUAAUGUAGCCUGUAAAUGAACUCAUUUAAAAUAUAUCACUGAGAUUAUUGGGUUUGAUGUGAGAGAUUAAUGCAAUGUUAUCAAUAGAACGGGGCGAUAAAAUGAUCUAGAUGUUUAUUGGAAAAAAGAGAGAUGUCCUCGAUUAAAUUUUGAGUAGUUUUCUAUAUUUAGCCUAUGAUCUACAUCUAGAACAGGGGUGUUCAUUACAUCAAUCGCGAUAGCAAGACAACCACUGGUUGGUUGAUCUAGAUGAAAUAUAAAUUAUUUACUUUUUAUUUCCAGAGGUCUGUAGCUGCGCACUGUUUAAUUUACAGGUGGCUAAUGUUUGAGCGCUAAUGCGCUCUAAAUGAUCAAAUACGCUUUAUAAUUCCGCCAAUGCCCAUCUUGGGAAAUGAGAAAAACACUCACUACUUUUGGCUGAAUAACUUGAGUAUCUUUUCAUGUAAUAGAAUAAAACAGUGAUAUUUUUUUAUUACAUUGUUCAUUUUUUAAAUAGUACUGACCCCUGAUGUAGAGAGUGUUAAUUGGUAUAAUAAGUUACCAGGAAAGUAGAGAUGAUAAAAUAAUUUAUAAUUAUGCUUAUCCUUUAUAAAGAUCAACAUUUGUAAAGCAAUAAUUCAGCAGAAUAUUCCACCUAGGGAUGUCCCGAUCCGAUACCUAGAUCGGUAUCGCAUCGAUACUGACGUUUUUAGACGGAUCGGGUAUCGGUCCAACGAGCCCGACCCAAAUCCGAUACUAUGUGUUAGUCAUGUUCGUUACUGUCAAGCUUAAAAAAUGACAUAAAAGAACUGUUAAAACACCAUUAAAGCGGUUCAUAUGACUAGUGCAUUUUAUUCAAAGCCACUUGAAGCCACGUGAUAGCUCUGUGAAUUGCAAUAGGCUGUGUUUAAUAAGUAAACAUAUAUGUUCUUGCACGCGCAGCUUCAGCGCGGUAGUGAAUGGUGCUUUUACACACACGCGCACGGCUAUUUAUAGCCUUCACACGUGCACAAUAUUUGUGCGCUACAAACGAACAUCUCAGAUGUAGAUGCUCAGCAGUUCGGUUCACUUAUAAUAUGGACUUAGAACGGCACUGCAGGUGCAUUUAACCAGAAUUUAAAUAAGAAGCGAAUUAAACUGUGAAUAAAAAGGGUGAGGGUUUAAAAGUUAAAGCUGUCACUGGAGACUCACGGAGAGGCAGAGAUAUGAACUCUGCAGGGUUUAUUGAGCAGAGGAUUGAAACAGUGAUGUAAAUAUUGUGAGUAAAUUCAGUUAAGCAGAGUGGCAAACAGCAGGUAAGUAAUAUCCAGACAGUGUAUAGAUAUGAUGAAAGAGAUAACUCAAAACAAUUUUAUGAUACAUGCAGGCAAUAAUGAAGACACAUGAUUGACAUAGUAGAAAGUUCUGCACUGUAAAAUCCAAUUAGUUCAGCUUACUUGAAAAAAGCAUGCAAACCGAUUGCACUUAAAAAACUAAGUACAGUGGAAUAGGUAUUGCGUGUUGUAGUAACAAAUCCUUGUUUAGUAUAGUAAACUUACUCUUGAGUUUAAGUUACUAAAAAAAAUGUGUGCAGUGUACUUGACAAUUUACUUAAGAUGUACUCCUGACUUAGUAUAGACUACACAGAAUUACUAUUUCAAACAACUAAGUAAUACCAUGUGAACUUUGCUUUGUGUGUACUCUAAACACAAUUAUUUAAGUUGGGCUAACUAAUGUGACAAUUCUUGCAACUUAGAAUUUCUUGUUUUUAGUUACUUGAAGAGCGUAUUUGAUAGUAACUCUUACUUCUGUAAAUUAAGCACUUCAUACAUUCAUUUUACCUUUUUCAAUUUACAGUAAUCAAUUGACAUUGAGAUUGUUGUUAUUCAGAAUAACAAUCUCAAACACCAAAUGCUCACCUAUAUGUUAACUCUGUUCUGCAAACUCACUAUGUGUCACAUAAAUGUACCAGGAAGUAUCAUAAAAUAGGAAUAUUUAACACACAACCACAUUAUACUUGA